AACAGAAGAGCAGAAUAGAGUGUUCUCUGCUUCGUCUACAGUCUUCCUCCUUUCAGUUUUGCACUUUCGCUGAGGAAUUUGGCAGCCGACUCUAUUAUCAUAACACUCCCAAGGAGGCCAACAACUUCUCCUCAAUCUGAGACACAAUGGAAAAUUUUGAUCAUCGAUUUCAACGAACUGAUCAGUGGAAGCCUGUCUAUUCCUGGUUAGAGACUCUAGACACAGACGAGGUGGUUAAAUCAAAAGAAAUUAUAGACUGGCUUACUGAGAAUUCUGAUGUGAGAGAACAAUUAAAUUCAAGGCAUUCACGUUAUCAUUUGAUGCAUUACAUAAAAAAAUGCCACAUGAAAAUUCUGAAGAGAAAGGAGAAGAAGAAGGGACCAGGAUUCACCAAAAACGUGUCUGUGUCAGAAGUCAAGAAAAGUGAAGAUGUGAAGAAACUUGUUCCAGUUCAAACUACAGACUUUAAUUUCAGCACCGCCGUACCUAAGGACACUGAACUCUAUAAAGCAAAACAAACAGAAGCUUUGCAGAAAUAUGAGAUUCUAGUGGAGUUGGAGAAACAACUUUCGAUGCACUUCCCAAAGCCUGGAAACAUUGGCAAUAAAGGAAACUAAUCACUGCAUAGAUUUCAAGCUGAUUUUGCACAUCGAUUAAAAUUCAGAAUGACACAGUUUUGCAGUGUAUUGAUUAUAAUUUCACAUCCAGUUUUGCUGGUUCGAUUGCUUUGUUUCAUCGAUUCUGCAAAACUUCGACCAUGGCCUAUAGAAACUAGUUUGAGAAACUAAUUCCUUUCGUAAUUUCUGGUUCUUGCUCCCCGUCCCACCACUCUCGACGUCCCUGUCCUUGUGAGAAAUAUCCUUGAUUCUAUGGUAAUGUAAGAAGUAUGGAAUAUUAAGUUAGCAAUUAGUUCAUUUGCCAAUUCUCAUUUGUAUAAAAUAAAGUCUUGCUAGUUAUGAA